CUAUAUUAUAAACCCCAUAUUGAACUCGUCCUAAAGCCCUCGUGCACUGUAUUCUUCUCUCUUUUUUUUCUAUCAAUCCCUAUCAAAAUCUUUACCUUUAUUUGUUUUCCUCAUCCAGAACCCUGCUUUCCCUGUUCAUGGGUGUGAUUCUCUUACAGCUGGUUGUGUUGUAAUCGUAGUUAUCAGGGUAAGCAAAAAUUGUCCUCCAUGGAGGAAAGCGAGUUUUCCUUGGAAUUGAAGUUCAUCAAUUUCAUAUGCACGGAGACACUUUUCUCUCCCUUUGGAAUUUCUUCGCAUCCUCUGUUUUCAUUUACUGUCACCUUAUGCACGCUCAUUCUCCUUUAUCUUCCUCACCUUUUCUGGAAGCUUGUUCUUUCCCCUGUUCUGAUUCUCACUGUAAUUCUACUGCUCACCAUACUUCGAUUCGGAGCAAAUCAGAGAUCUCAAAACGAACAACCAGGAAUCCCCGGCACACCCGAACCUGGUUUGAACCAAGAAAACAGAGCAGUUGCAGAGGAGAAAGAGGAGAAUGAGAAUCUUGGCAUUGAAACAGAGGAUACGAAUUGCCUCGAGAAAGUUCAGCAAUGGAUCACCACUCAUUCCGAAACAGAACUCAAAUCCCAGAUGGGUUUCGCUUCGGAGUGUUUCGUGGAAUCAUGGGACGUGAAAGCGCCGUUGGAAGUCAUAUACGAGGAGUGUGAAGGCGAGGAAGCAGAGGAUCCGAAUGAGAAAGAAGACACCGGAAAAUACGCUUCUUUGUCACGGUAUUAUCCGGAAUCCGAAUCCGAAUCGGAGUCGGAUAGCUCGUCGGACAGUGGGUUUCCCCCGAUACCGGCGAACACUAGCUUUGGGUGGGACGAAGAAGACAGGGAAGGGUUGAUUGAGAUAGCUUUAGACGGUGGGAAGAAGAUAGCUAUGGAGUUCCAGUUUGAGGAAGAUAAUCUAAUUGAAAUUGAUAUUUCUCCGUCGAGACACGAUAAGUUUUCCGGCAUCAACGAGGCCAUUGCCGGAUAGAUUAGUGGUAAUUAGUGUGAGAUUAAUAAAAGCUUUUUUUUUUUUUUGGCCUUAGCUAAAGAUCUUCUGGACGUGAGACGGUGAUAGAUGAGUACAUAUUAUGGUUCUUGGGGGGAGUGAAGAGGGAGAAUGGAGAUUUUGGGAUAUUGUGAAGUUUCUGUGGCGUUUGUUUGUCCUGGCUUUGAUUAACGUGGUAUACUUGUAUUAUAUCCUUGCCUUAAUUAAUCACUAAA